AUGUUUAGACGAAAGUGGUCUGGUCUACCAAAAGACCCUCAAUUCCCUGUCGACCUAAAGGAACUUGGCUACUUCAUCAAUGAGAACGAUGAAGUCUGCUCCAUCGAAAAUCCAGAAUACUACUUCAAGUAUUUCAUAAACCGGAACCCACGAUGGAACGACCGCCAGCGGUACGCGAUGAAUCAGGCCCUCCAGAAUGAGGUUUGGGCUCGUCUCGAAAAUCUCGGGAUGAAGAAGGUCUUGCUGCCCCUGGGUACGACUGACCCAAAAAAGCCGCAUGUUCCCAUCUUUGUCAGCGAUGGAAUCGGCACCAGAACACGUGUUGUGGUCAUCUUUGGCGAGUCAAUGCAAGACUUGGGUGUCCUAGCCCACCGCGUUCUCGGUGGUCCUGGUGGAGUCAAUAAGGGCUCCAUGGUAUCUAUCGUCUCCGCGCUGCUGAAGCAGCAAUGCUCCUCUACCGACUCGAACCCACCAGGCAUUAUUCUCGCCAACAUGGGCGAACUGCUCUGGUGGGCCGCCGGUAACCGCACUCUCGGUCACUCCGCUUUCCAUAAUACACCUAUGAAAAGCGCUGUCCAGGCAGGCAAUGCGAUCACUGAAGAUACCAAAGUACCGCACAACGAGAGCAUGAAGACCCAUGUUCAUUACAUCUUUGACAAAGUAAUUCCACACUUCUUGAAUAUGCGCCCUGGGAUCGAUGUAAUUGGGAUCGGAGAUGGCGCGGAUACCGUUGAGGAGUACCUUGACCUGCCGCCGGUCUGGGAACGUUUCAAGGACCGAAUCAACUGCCUUUCUCUCGUCGGUGGGUUACAUCCGGCCUCUGAGCUGCGAAGUGAGGAGUUCGCCAACGUGUUCUUGCGAAACAAAGCUCGAGCUUACGCAACUUCCCUCGAGCCUGUAGGUAUGGUCCUCUCUGGCCCCGAGGGCAACCCCAACACUACCACCUUCACGGAACUGGGAUGCCCGGUCUUCAGCAGCGGCGAGCAGAAUUACACGGAGCAGACGUUGAUCGCUGGCUCCAAAGUAAUACUCGAUUGGCUCCAGGAGGUGGCUCUGACCCCUGAAGGCGAGGACUAUGUGAACCCAGAGUUCCAGAUCAUACACGCUGAUCCGGCUACUAACGCAGAUGAGCCUGAUUGGAGUCAGUGGCAGACUCAAGAGGUCAAGGAGGGCGAAGAUGCAAAGGAAGACGAUAACAAGCCGCGUUUCGUUCUUGUGGAGCGUCCAAAAAAUGGCCAGGACAGGGAGCACAGCGACGAGGGUGGAGAGAUCAAUGCAUGUACGGAUAAGGACAAGGGUAAGGGUAAGGCCGUGGAAACAGUCGAAAAUCUAGCACCUAGGUAA